AGCAGCAUUAAAAGGCUUCAUUCAAAGCCCUCUGUGCCCGCUUGAUAAUGCUCCCCAAGCUUCUGCCUUGAGACUCCAGCAGCCCCUGUGCUGACACAGAAACCACUCUCACUCGCUUUCUCUCACUCACUCUCUCUGGGGACUUAAAGAAAGACUUGCCAUUCUCAUUCCCGUUUUUUCGCUCUGCCCUGGAGAUUGACUGAGCGCGUUUCGGAAUCUGGACGUCAAGGAACGGGAACGGGAAGGGACAGCGGCGAAGUGAAGGUGAGCGAGCGGGGUUGGAUCCUCGGGGAUGGGAGAAUGAUUGCCGGAUUCAGCGCCAUCAACGGACACAUCAGCGGCCAGUGCCGGGUCGUGGGCUCGGGCGGGCUGCUGGCCGCGCCGCAGGUCGCCGCUCAGGCCACUCGGGAGAUGGCUGUGACCCCUGACCUGUGCCUGCACUUUCAGGGUCAGCGCUUCAAUGGGCAUCCGCAGUCUACGUGCACGGCGGUGGGCGGUAUCGCCGCCUGCAUUAAACCCACACUGGCACCACCGCCACCUCCGCCACGACCACCGCUGCCACCACAACCACGGUCGGCACCGGCUCUGCCCCUGCCGCAGUCUGUGCCCGUGCCCCCCGCCGUGGCCCCCAAACCGGGACAGGGGGGCUUCAAGAAGGUGUGCCGCACGGAGGAGGCGUCUCCGUGCCCGUUCCCGGGGCUGGCCGCCGGCGUGCUGCACAUGCGGGUGAAGGAGGGCAGCAAGAUCCGGAACCUCAUGGGCUUCGCCAUGGCCCGCAUGCAGGGGCCGACCGGCACCGGGACCGGGACCGGGACUGAGACCGCGGCAAGGUUCUGUGGCGGAACCGGGAGCUCGACGUGCGCCGGGUCGGCCGUGUCCGCCGGCGGCUCCGCAGGCCUGAGGCAGGUGGUGUUCUCCGGGUCCGGCCGCGCCGUCACCAAGACCAUCACGUGCGCGGAGAUCAUGAAGCGCAAGCUGGGCGGCCUCCACCAGCUCACCAAGCUCUGCUACAAGGGCGUGCGCGAGGUCUGGGAGAGCCAGGAGCCCACCGCCGCUGCUGCACCUGCGGGCACUGCCGGUGGCACUGGCACUGGCACUGGCACUGGCGUCGGCACCUCCUCCGAGAUGACCGUGCAUCGGACCGUGCCGUCCAUCAGCAUCCUGCUCUCCAAGGACCCGCUGGACCCCCGCGAGCCGGGCUACCAGCCCCCCGAGACGCUGAGCGCGCUGUGGGGGGAGCGGGAGGAGCAGGGGGGGUGCUCCACCCAGGCGGCCACCAAGAGAGCCAUGCUGCUGGAGCCCCUGGUGCAGGCUGGCCAGCCCGCCGCCAAGAGGCUGUGUGUGGGGGCAGCGGCCCCGCUGUGCUGCCCUGCAGACUGAUGGAGCUGAGGAAGAGGGGGAAGAUGAGGGGCGGAGAGGAGCUGAAUAGGGGUCCGAUCUCCCCCUACACACACACACACACACACACACAUGUAUAUACACACACAUACACAUGUAUAUACAAACACAUACACACCAUACAUACACAUGCGUACACACACUCUCACACACACACACACACACACACAUUGCUGCUGCUGAGACAAUCACAGAGCCAGAAUACUGUUCUCUGAUGAUAACCCAGCACCUGAGGCUAUGCCUAGAGAGAUGAGAAUGGCUGGGAAUGAAGAGCACUGUCUGAGAGCCUGGACAGUGUGUGUGUGUGUGUGUGUGUGUGUGUGUGUGUGUACGUGUGUGUGAGUGUGUGUGUGUGUGUAAGAGAGAAAAACGGUGUGUGAGACCAAUUCCACAUGUCAGAGAGGAGGGUCACCUGGAAAUGGCUUUCUGCUUUUAGAGGGACCUUAAUGAUGUGCUGUGUCAGUGAAUUGGGGAUCUUGUCGCAAAACGCAGUUUAAUGGAUUUCCAAAUCCCGCAGCAGCGCACAAGACCUGUAAUUUUCUGCCAUUCUUAGUGUUUCAUGUGCACGAAUGGUCACAAAUCAAUCGCCUGUACUUUUACCUGACUCGCUGAAAAAGACGUGCAUGGGGUCGAAUUCAUUCGCCAUGAAGAUGAUGACUUAAUCCCAUUUCUUUGAUUUUAUUCUUCAUUUCUGCAGGUAUUUCAUUUUACAGACCAUACAAUAGAUUCUGUAAACACCGGGAUUUAUUUAUUUGAUUUUAUUUCUAUGUGUGUGUGUCAAAUUGCCUUGCUCAAACCUCAAUAAACAAGCUGAAUUCAAAACACAAUAUAAUACAAUACAACAAAAACAUUGUAUCUGAAA